UUUACAAUCGAUUAAUUCAAGCUUUUUUAGUUCAAUUUGGAGCAUUAAUUAUAUAUUUUAUAUCGAAUCCUAUCAAAUUCGCCCAAAUUCGUCUAAAUUUUGCAUUCGAUUGUUUGUUUACAAACUACGUAAAGUGAUUUCAGUAAACUUAUGAGUGUAAGCAAACAAACAACUUUCGGCAGCAUCUAAGACAUAAUCAAGCUUAGAAAAACAAAUAACAAAGAAUGGUUAAGAACAACUAGCUCUCAUUUUUUUAAUCCUACUACUACUUCCAAUGGUUAGCGUUGGUCGCUAGAUUGUGCUAUUAUGAGAAUCUGUAGUCUUACAGCUCUUGCGAAAAGAAAACACCUGGGUUAUUUAUUUAAGAGAAUCGGAAAUCAUACCUAUUAUUCCAUUUGGAUUGUAUUUAUGAGUAUAAAUAAAGCAUAUUUGUCGUGAAACAUGACAAGCAGGACGAACGAGUUUUUUGGAUUUAUUGAAAAAGGAAACGUGGACUUGGAAAACGUUUCUCUGCGAAAGCCCAAGCUUUCAAACGUUCAAGAUGCUUUUCUCGCAGAAGCUUAUUUAAUCCACAAUACGAUUGUUCAUCUUUGUACGUUUCUUGAGAAGAUUCGUGGAGCAUAUUUGAAAGGUCGUACUGUUUCCAAUGUUCACAAGUUGUCAAGGCCUUUGAUGGAAUGCUCUUUUGAGGAGCUUUCCAAGUUGGAGCUGAAUGAUUUACAGAGGGAUGAAAUUGACCAUCAAGCAUCAACAAUUAUCAACUCUUGCGUCCAGAAAAUUAGCUCUCUUCAGCAGAAGUUGAAAGAGAAACAAUACCAGAUUCCCAAACGGACGGGAUGGUUGCAAAGCUUUAAGAGCCCUGAAAAACUUACGAAAACCGAAACCAUAGUUGCUCAUUAUUCUUCUAUCUUAUGGUAUCUGCAAAGUGAACUAUCAGACGUCUCUUCCACUUUGUAUCGACUUCAAGACCUGCGACUGAGGCGUGCUCAAGAAAGAAAGACGAUCAUGUCUGAUAUCUUGCAUCCACAGCAAGCAAAUGAUAUGUCAGUGGCAGAAAUUCCUGAUUCUGAGCUUCCAAAUUAUUUUAGCCAAGAGCAGCUAAUGGAGUUAGAACAAGAAAAUGAUCUCUUGCUGCAAGAAUUUGAGCAUACGAUGCAACAAGUGCAUGAGACAGGAAAAUCGUUAACUGAAAUUGCUAGAUUGCAGACAGAAAUAUCUACUCAACUUUCCGCUCAAUCUACUAUAGCGGAAAAGUUAUAUGAUGAUGCUAUGAGUGUAGCUGAUUCAAUUACCGGUGGAAACCGUCAACUCAUUCACGCUAAAUCACGAAAUAGUCGUACAGCUAGAAUAUUUUUUUUUCUUUUCACUAUCCUUGGCUUACUCUUGCUGGCUCUGGACCGAAUUGUCUAAUAUACCUCGCUUCCCUCUUACCUUUUCUCUGAACUACGUUGUUUAUGUCCCAAAAAUUCUGAAUUCGGGUUUAUGAGUUUUUUUAUUCGCGUAACGAAAAUCCUUUCAUAUGUGCUACUAAUAUGGUCCAAGUCAUUUCUCUAUCUAAUUAUUUCUUGGUUUACUUUCGCUAAAGCCAGCACUAAUCCCCUCAAGCCACCUGUCAUGAUAUUCCUAAAGGGCUUCUAUGCGCUAUUCUUUAUGACUAUGUAGUAGAAAACAUGUAUUAUCUGACUCAUUAGAUAGAUUUGUUUCAAUGAUUUUUUUCUUAACUCAACUUAUUAAGUUAUGCUGUUACUCAUAAAAUUGAUCAAAUUCAGCUUUCAAUUCAC